UGUUGCUUUGCUUUCCUGUUUUUCAUUCCAGGAAACCAGGGAGCAGGAGCAGUACCAGACUCCCACUUGUGUCUUGCACCAUAUCUACAUGAUUUACAUUUCCUGUCUUUCUAGUGGAAGCCUUAAAAACCCCCCAGUUGCUGGUUUUGGUUCAGUUAAACCGACAUCAUGGUGUCAGAGAAGGACUUUCUUGUGGCUGCUGCUGUUUUCGCCCUCAUUUCACACAGUGAGGGUAUAAUUGGUGGCAGGGAGGCAACGCCACACUCUCGGCCCUACAUGGCCUCCAUCCAGGUGCAAGAAGGAGAGAAUCUGAAACACGAGUGUGGAGGGUUCGUGAUCGCGGAUCAGUGGGUGAUGACUGCAGUACACUGCAUGCCAUCAGGGCCAAAUGGAAGGAAAGUCGUGCUCGGGGUCCAUUCUCUGAGUGAACCUGAAGAGACCAAGCAGACAUUUGAUAUUUUGGAACUUUACAACCAUCCAAGCUUCAGCGCGUCCAAUUAUGAUAAUGACAUUGCUUUGAUCAAGUUGGAUCGUCCAUUCAACGUCUCUGACGCUGUGAAAGCCGUGAACUUCCUGCGAGCGGGCGGCACAAACCCCAACACAGAUGCAGCGGUGGAGACAGCCGGGUGGGGAUCCCUGAACAACCUGGGGUCCAGACCAGACAAGCUCUGGGAGGUGGUCAUCAACGUGGUUGACUCCAAUCGGUGCAAACGCAGCGACUACUUUGGCAAAAAGUUCACCAAUAACAUGAUAUGUGCCCAUAAAGUAUGCCCAGAUCCCUGUGAUCAACCACAUAAGAAAGAAGACACCUGUGAUGGUGACUCUGGAGGUCCUCUGCUCUACAACGGCGUCGCAGUGGGCAUCACUUCCAACGGAGGAAAGAAGUGUGGCCAAAUCAAAAAGCCUGGAAUUUACACCAUCAUCUCCCACUACACCGAGUGGAUUGACAACACCAUGGCCCCGCAGCCCGCUGCAACACCAGACCAGAGCGCUUAAAGACCACAUCCCAGUUUGGUUUCCACCACAAUCGGGCUUCCACUGAGUCACUUAUUAUUUUACCUGAUAUGAUGAUUUGCAACUAAAGCAUGGCUCUAGAGCAGAUGUGUCAAACUUAAGGCGCACGGGCCAAAUUGGGCCAAACCAAAAAGACAGGAAACUGUCAAACUGCAAUUAUGCGACACUCAAAGCAGAAUUGGGCAGAUGUGCCGACGUAGCUGUGUAUGUGAGAGACAGAUGCCAACAGCUGGGAGAGCAGUUUCAUUUCCUCUCUCUCCAUCUGGCCACUCUGUUAAAUUCAGACAUAAAAUAUCCAUCAGCAUGUCAGGUUUCUCAGGUACAUUAUGAGUAGUCAUAAUGCUGUGUCACUCUUAAUAUCUGUAUUUUCUCAGAAUGAUUUAAUCUGAGGGGGUUCAAUCGGAUUUAAUACUGAUUCCAUCUGUAAACCAAAAACACAGGAAACUGUUUUUUAAACUGCAAUUAUGCAACACUGAAAGCAGAAUUUGGCAGAUUUGCCAACUUUGAGACUCAGAAAUUCCCCAGAAGAAGAGAGACUUAAUAUCCAGGCUGCGAAACAGGUUGCUGUUAGUUGGCCAUGUGGUGGCCUGCUUUUAAUAAACCUAAUCAUUGUUUUGCUUGAUUUUCAAAAUUCUACGAUGGCUAAAAAACUUUAGUUGCUGCCUUUUAUAAGGACUUCAUGUUGGCCAAAUUGUAACAGAGAAGACUAUGUGAGACAUGCAAUAAUACAGUCAAAUAUUUGACUUUUUUUUAUUAAACAUAAGCAUGAAAAUGAUCUGUACAUGUAUGGCCCUUGAUGUGAUUCUCAUUUUGACACCGCUGCUCUAGAGAUAUACCUCCAGUAUGGCAAAUAUACAUCCACCUGUACUAACCUGUAGAUUAGCCAUCACUUUAUAAAGGAAUUAUUAAAAUCCAGUUUAUCACAUUC